ACCAGACUUCAGGGACCAGGAAGCCAUGCAGAUGGUGCCCAAGUUUUGCUUUCCUUUUGAUGUAGAAAGGGAGCCCCCCAGCCCUGCCGUCCAGCAUUUCACAUUCGCCCUCACCGACCUGGCCGGCAACCGCAGAUUCGGUUUCUGCCGCCUGCGAGCUGGUGCGCAGAGCUGUCUAUGCAUCCUCAGUCACCUGCCAUGGUUCGAGGUAUUCUACAAGCUACUGAACACAGUGGGGGACCUCCUAGCUCAGGACCAAGUCUCCGAGGCUGAAGAACUUCUUCUAAAUCUGCUGCAGCAGCCCCCUCCUGGGCCCCAGGUCUCAAGAGGGCUGGAGCUGGGCGGUGGAGUGACCAUCUCCGGUGUGCACGGAAUACUCCCUCCUGCCCCCGGGAACAGCAGGCUGCUUUCCUGCUUCGUGGCUCCGGACUCCGGCUCCCUGCCCUCCAUUCCUGAGAAUAGAAACCUAACGGAGCUGGUGGUGGCGGUGACAGAUGAGAACAUCGUGGGCCUGUUCGCCGCGCUCUUAGCCGAGCGCAGAGUCCUGCUCACUGCCAGCAAGCUCAGCACGCUGACUUCCUGUGUUCACGCGUCCUGUGCUCUCCUGUACCCCAUGCGCUGGGAACACGUGCUGAUCCCCACGCUGCCCCCGCACCUACUGGAUUACUGCUGCGCGCCUAUGCCCUACCUCAUUGGAGUGCAUGCAAGUCUGGCCGAGAGAGUGCGCGACAAGGCCCUGGAGGACGUCGUGGUACUGAACAUAGACUCCAAUACCUUGGAGACGCCCUUCGAAGACGUGCAGACGCUGCCGCCAGACGUGGUGUCCUUGCUGAGGCUAAGAUUAAGGAAGGUCGCGCUGAGCCCCGGGGAAGGAGUGUCCCGUCUCUUCCUCAAAGCCCAGGCCCUGCUCUUUGGCGGCUACCGCGAUGCGCUGGUCUGCAGCCCGGGCCAGCCUGUAACCUUCAGUGAAGAAGCCUUCUUGGCCCAGAAGCCUGGGGCGCCCCUGCAGGCCUUCCACCAGCGGGCUGUACACCUGCAGCUGUUCAAGCAGUUCAUUGAAGCCCGGCUGGAGAAGCUCAACUCAGGGGAGGGCUUCUCCGAUACCUUUGAGCAGGAGAUCAGCUGCUGCAGGGAUUCCUCAGGCACCUUCCGCUCCUAUCAGCUCUGGGCCGACCACCUAAAGAAAGGUGGUGGUGCUCUCCUGCAUUCGGUCAAAGCCAAGACCCAACCAGCCGUCAGGAUCAUGUACCGCUCGGCCAAGAGUGGCCUGAAAGGAAUGCAGAGCCUACUGCUGUACAAGGAUGGGGACUCUGGCCUGCACAGAGGAGGCUCCCUGAGGACCGCAAGCCUCACCAGCCGCUCAGAUCGCCUGCAGCAGCGCCUGCCUAUCACCCAGCACUUUGGACAGAACAGACCCCUUCGCCCCAGCAGGAGACUUAAGCCAGAAAAGGGAUUUUCUGAGCCCCUGGGGGAGAGGACACCUCCCCUGAGCCCUGAGGAUGCCCAGGGUCCAUGGGCAGAAGAAGUUCUGGACAGCAACUUUUUGGGGUCCGGAGAAGAACUGGAUUUGCUGAGUGAGAUUCUAGACAGUUUGAGUGUACAGACUAAGAGCAUGGGCAGCCUGAGGCCAAGCCAGAGCUUAGACUGCUGUCACGGAGGGGACCUGGACAGCUGCUUCAGCCUGCCUGACCUACCAGGAAGAUCAAGAUGGCAACCAGAUGAAGAGAAACUGCCAGAGCCCCAGCCCCUGUCCCUGCCUGCAGACCUGCCAUCCCUUCAAAACACACCAUCAUUGGAAAUCACCUGCUCCUCAAAGAACCCCAAUUCCCAGCUGCUCUCAGGCUCCAGCCAAGAAAUCAUCUCUCCAUCCCAGCUUUCAACAGCUUCUACAGACACAAGCAGCCCCGGGGACCCCGAGUCCUCUCCUCUCACUGAGCCCUCAACCCUUCGUCUCUCCCCUCUUCAAAAGGCGACUGAGCAUCCUGCAGCCUGGGAGAUCCCUUGCACCAGGCUCUCCGAGGCAAACACCCAGCCCAGCCCUCCAAAAAGUCCCCAACUUCUAGCCCCCACAGAGCCUAACUUUGAUACUGUCAGGACAUCCCAGACCCUUGAGUCUUCCCCAGACCCCAGUUUUCCAAAGAAUCCCAGAACCCAGCCUCCCAAGGUCCUGCUAGAACAUGUUCACUUCCAGUCUCCGGAGGAUGCAGGAAUCCCCAACACCCUUGCCUCACCCACCAGCGAUUGGCAAGAGCCCCAGGCCAGGAAGAGGCUGUGA